AUGGCUUGGGAGACAGCAGAACUUACAAAAGAUCAGGGAGGCUUGGGGAUUAGGGACCUCCAAUCUUGGAAUAAAGCUUGCUGCUUAAAGCUGAUAUGGAUGUUGUUCUUUCGUGAUGGGUUUGUGUGGGUCGCUUGUUUCAAGGAGGUCAUUAUAAAAGGGUCCAUUCACAACUACUGGACAACUAAACCAAGCAGCUCCUACUCAUGGCUAGCCAACAAACUCCUCAAGCUAAAAGAUGAAAUCUUUCCACUCAUCAAAUUGCGGCUGGAGAAUGGUGUCUCUGCUAAAUUUUGGUUUGAUAACUGGACUCCCUUUGGAAGCCUUUCGACUUUCCUCAGUAACUCCUCGUCAAAAUUGGGUAUUCAUGAAAAAGCUUAUGUAGCCUCACAAUGUAAGAAUGGAAUUUGGCGGCUUCCACCUGCAAGAACAGAAGAACAAGUUCAAUUACAGACAUACUUCACUACCGUCACUCUCACUCAGGCUCAGGACUACUAUGAAUGGGAGCUGGAAGGUAAACCUACUCAGACUUAUAGCACCCGAGAUGUUUACACUUACUUGAGAGGAGAAAUCAAUUAUGUGAUUUGGUCUUCCUAUGAGAUCAAAAGACACAACUUCCUUGUUUGGUUGGUAAUCCAAAACCGAGGUCCAACUAAAGACAAAAUACUCGGAUGGAGCCUUCAGGUUUCGCCACUAUGUCUACUUUGCAACUCAACUAUGGAGUCUAUAAAUCAUCUCUACUACGACUGCCCAUUCAGCUUUGAUCUUUGGUCCUUGGCUACUUCACGGUGUAGGAUCACCCCCACUAGAGAUUGGAACGAUACAGUCUCUUAG